AUGCGUCCACAUCUCUUGGUGUCAGUCCUCGCAAGCUGCCUCCUCUCUUCCUCGACGGUGCUCGCGGAGGUCACGGUGUACGGCUUCGCCGGCCCAACAACCAUUCAACUCGGAGGCACGACGACCACGACUGCGGUGCCCACUACGUCCUUCGUCACGGCCAACGGGCCUCCGCCGCAGUUCACCGGAGCCGCCGCAUACAACCAGGUCUAUCUCGCGCCUCCUGCAGUCCCUGAUACCGCGCCCGCCAAUGCAUUCUCCGUGGACGUCGCUCUGGAAGCCGCGGACGUCCCUGGUUUGUCCAUCAUGCUCAAUGGGACCUUCUUCGGGUUUUCGAUCGAGAUGUCUGUCGUGAACCAGCUGAUUGGCUCUAGCCCCGUCGUGUUACAGCCAAUCUUUCUGAACUUCAUGAGCCUCAUCGCGGAACGCGCCGGAGCAGUUCAUGUGCGAGUAGGCGGCAACACACAAGAGACCGCUUACAUGGUUGAUUCACUUCCUAACGGCAAGUUCCUACUCAAAGACAAGAAUGACGCGAACAACCCAACGUAUACCCCAACUAUUGCGAUCACUCCUGACCUGAUCUAUAUGCUUGGAAACGCGUCGAGCUUCCUUCCGCUGAAGUGGUACCUCGGUAUUCCGUUCAACGACACGAAUUGGCGCUUCAACAUAGCCGAAGUCGCCGAGGCUGUUCUGGGAGAUUCGCUGUUGGGUUUCCAAGCCAGCAACGAGCCUGAUUUCUAUGUCAAGCACAACCAUCGACCUGAGGGCUGGGGGCCUACUGACUUCUUCAAAGAGUUCGGCACCAUGACCGAAGCUUGGAAUGCAGACAUGCUUGUGCCCGUCAAGAACAACCUCAUCGCCCCAAGUGUCUCAGGAGGAUGGACGCUUCAAGACGUGUGGGAUACCGGUUUCUUCGACGCUUACGCGGACGUUUUGUCCAUGGUCUCUGUCGAGCAUUAUCCGAACGACAACUGUGCAGCCAUGUACCCGCAGUACGGGUACGAGCCGAAAGAUCCGCUGGCGGAGCUUCCAAAGUACUUGUCCCACAAGGCGGCCACGAACCUGUUGGCGCCCUACGUCGCUCCAUCAGCACUUUGCCAGCAAUAUGGGAAGCCGCUGAUCAUGUUCGAGACAAACACGGCUUCCUGCGGAGGCUUCCCGGGAAUCAGUGACGCGUUCGUCGCUUCUCUGUGGGGCAUCGACUACGCCAUGCAGCUCGCGUUCGGAAACUUCAGUUCAAUGCUCUUCCACUUCGGUGGCCAGGAUGUUGCCUACAACCCCUUCACAGCGUCACCGACCAACGUAUCGGCUUUCCGGGACUGGACUGUGGGACCUAUCUUCUACUCUGCGAUCGCCGUCACGGAGGCUCUGGGAAAAACUGGCACCGCGCAAGUUGUCGACCUCUCGUCAGACAUCGACGGCGACACGGCGGCCGUGUACGCGGUCUACGAGCAGGGAAAGCUCGCGCGGGCGGUUCUGAUCAACUACUUGACGGAUCCCAGUGGCGCGCACGACUACACCGCGACGUUUGCUAUGGAUGGGGACGUACCCGCUUCGGUCACGGUCAAGUAUCUGGUCGCUCCUUCGGUGGCAGAGAAGGACAAUAUCACUUGGGCUGGUCAGACUCUCGGCGGACGCUACAACGCUGACGGACGUUGGCAUGGCGAUCUCGACAUCCACGCCGUGCAAUGUGACGUGGAGACGAGCUCCUGCAAGAUCAAAGUGCCCGCGCCAGGCGACUGCUGGAUCUUUGCUCCCGCGACUUUCUCGACGUCUGUGGUAACGAAGACGCUGAACACGCUCACCGUCGACCCGGCGGUGCUCGCUACGUCCAACGGGGAGAGCGGCAAGAGUCGACGGCUUCAUCACGGGAAGACCAGCAGCGGCGUGGACAUCAAUCGCGCGACGAAGCCGGGUGCUCCUGGGUCUCGGGACUACUCGCUGUGCUCUCUGCGACGACGGUCUUUCUUGGUGUCUUGUGGUGACCUUCUGGUGCUAGGGCGAGGGCUCAUGGGGUUGAUAUAA